UCCCAGUUGGCUUGAUAUCUCAGUUGGUAGAGCACUGCACCGGUAUCGCAGAGGUCAUGGUUUCGAAUGCCGUUCAGUCCUAUAUAUAUAUUUUUUCACAACUGCUUAACUUGUGUGUAUAACUGCGAUGAUUAAUCAUGUCUUUAUAUCUUUCUCCGCAGUUCAAAUAUAUUAUCUUUCAUACAUUCACUUGUACACAGCGUAUGUUCUUGUUUCACGUAAAUGAUAUAUUACAAGAAACGAUAAUAUCUGGCCACGAUUUGAAAAAUAUUAGGAACCCAUCGAGUAAGCUCCUCCACCCCCUCAGUUAAACGCCUCCUUUGAAUGUGCGCCCCCGUGUCUUUAAAAAAGUUUGAAAUAAGCACCUCGGGUGCUAAUUGGAUUAUUUAUGGUAUUUGAAGGAAUUUCCCCAUUCUCUCCCCACCCUCGAUCCCAGGUUCUCUCGCCUAUGAGAGAGCCUAGGAAUCUAAAUCAGAAAACGGCUGUUUCUUGUUUGUUUACAAAGCCAAACGCAAACACUCAAGAAAGUUUGAUACUUUGAUAGUAUUGCCGUGACCUACUGUUUUCUCCUAUAGCAGAAUUUUACAAGAUUAUCUCUAGCGCAGAGAACCUGAUUUCCAUCGAUAUUUAAAACGAUUAAGGUCAAAUAAAACUGUAAAAACAAGACCUUUCAUGAAUUAAUUUGACGUCCUGUUGAUUCUUGCUUCUUGCGCCGUUCCCGUUUGGACCGAUGCCAAGGCCCUUCCGGUCACGAGACACUAGGACGAGUAGAUGACUUUCGCUUUUAUUUUCCCACCCGCCUCUAAAGAUCCUAGUACGUUGAACGUUCAGUUGGUGCCAUGCAUUCGAUCGGAAAUGCUCUGUUAAAAGCAGGUGUUGGAUGUGUAGUUUCUCAAACAGCCAAGGCAGUGCUAGAAAGGCCCGGUGAAAAUAAAAAACGACAACUGAUCGCCGCGAUCGAGCAAGGAAUCACCGUUGCCAAGUCGAAUCUCGACGGAAUUGCAAGGAAGGAUCUCCUUGCAAGUAUCAGCUUUUUUAACGAAGGAUUUGUGUAUCUGUGCCAAGUAUUUCACGAGGCAUCGGUGACUGGCAUAAACGGUCGCCUACCAACGAUAGGGGAAGCGUCUACACCCGGAAGUGAGACGCCAUCGGCAGCUUGGCUAGAGGCAAUAUAUCUCAUUAAGGCCUUAAAACCGGACUUAGAUGACUCGUCCAUUAGGAUGCUGUCUGAUGCGAAGGAAAGAUUUAAAGACGCUCGUAGGAAAGCGACGAAAGCCUUUUGCAAUGAAGCUCUUAGCACGAGUGAACGCAUUUUUGCCAUGCGAUGUCGUGUAGCAGCGACUUUGUUGGAGAAAGUGGACCACCCUGCCGAAGCCUUAGUUGCGUGCAAAUUAUGCCUUGAGGAGCUGAACUCCAUGCCAGCUGUAGAGGAAAAUUUUAGCAGAAAAAGAAGCGAUACAGACAUCCAGCUGCAACUGGAGAAGGAAGUCUGUGACAUAAACAGCGUUAUCUGCGAUGUCACGCAACAGUUUGGUCAUGGCUUUGGAGAGCUUCUCAACUGGCCUUGUGUUACUGUCAGAAAUGGCGCGAAAAUUGAUCCUUUGCACAAUGCACGGAUAGAGCACUGUUGUUUGACAUGGUCGUUCGGCCAGGAGGGCGAAGAGGAACACAAGCUAAAGUUUGCUUGGGGUAUAACGUCAAACGCGCGAGGCGAUUUCAUUGUAGCAGACAGUGUUGAUAGCAACGUAAAAGUAUUCGAUGGCAGCGGCAGGUUUAUCCACUCACUCUAUCCUUUUGCCGAAGAUUUGCAGUCUAAAGAUGAUUACGAAGUCUGGAAUGUCGCCACCGACGGCAACGAUGACCUGUAUAUGUUGACACUGAGAAGAAACGAUUUCCCAAUGGCUAAUUUGAGCGAAGUGCAUGUAUUCAACAAGGAUGGACACCCAAAGCACAAGUUCGCUUUAAGAGAAGGUUUUAGAGGCUCGUCUAUUGCAGUGGACGACAACAAGCGAGUGUUUGUCACGGGAGGUGCGUUUUCAGAUUGCCACAAUGAUGUGAUAGCAGUAUACAAUACAGGCGGAGUAUUUAUGCAUAGCUUUGGAAACGAGCAUUUGAAAAAUGCACAAGAUAUCACUAUCGCCAAUACAGACCGAGUGGUAGUGUUGAACGGGGAAAAAUCUCCACUUGUUCUGGUGUUCAGUAACGAAGGACAGUUACUUGAUAUGUUUGCAGUUAAGGGAUCUACAGCUGAUGAUAGUGGAGUUGCUGUCACAUUUCACAAGGCAAGCAAAACCGUGCUCGUUGCUUCACUGCAGUCACAAACGAGUACUGAAGUCUCAAUGUACACCGAAGAUGGUCAAUUUGUUCGCCGCAUCCAGUUCAAAACAAGGGGAUGCCGUUUCAUAACAGGAAUUACAACCACUGCUAAAGGGCGCAUUGCUGUACCAGGUCAAAACGUCGUUUUCAUCGGUUAGGAAAAGAUCCAACUCUGAUCUUUAUGGGACGAAAAAAACUAACAGAAUUUCAAAAACUUUGAUGUAAAUUCAUGGCCUACUCUGUUCGACUGUAGUUGCGUGUUAUAAGAUAGUUUUUGGUUUUUACCAUUUGAAAUUUGAAGACUUUUUUGAUUUCGCCACAACUCCGUCUGCGUGAGCUAAUCGUCAGUACAAACUUUCGGUCAAAGCCGCAAGACUUAAUAUUGUUACAAACAUUCAUUUUUCAUUAGGAUUGUUAAAUUAUGGAAUGAAUUAACAAGAGGUGUAGUGGAAGCUGAUAACGAUCGAUAACUUUCAGCGGUUUACAUCUAAAUCUAAGCUCAAAUUGCACUUAAAUUGUAAUUAAGGAUCUUAAUUUUAAUUUUAUUGCAUUUUUUAAGGGAAUUUUCACAUAGGGAUAACCUCUUAACUUCCUUUUCUAGAUGCAUCUUUCUUUUUUUUCUAUUUUUAAUUUUUAUUUGUAUAUCUGGUUUGCAUCUGGAAUAAAUUAUGUAUGUAUGCAUGUAUGUAAAUUGGAAGUUUGCAAAUCGUACAACUCGCUGCCUAAAUUCCCAAACGAACGACCCCAAAACCUCGUCCCCAAGGUCUGCUCCUCGACUUUUUUCAAAAUGGCGUCGCCCCGCCCACCAUUUGGAAAAGUGGAGAAGGCUCUAGAGACGGGGUGGGGACGACGAUGGAACCACCCCCACCCCCCGCCCCGAAACCGAGCAAAAACAUUUCAGGUUAUCAGAAACUUCCC